CCAGAUUUGCCGCUUCCCGGAACCGACGGCCCUCUGGCGCCUUCAAAUCCAGCGGGCCGAGAAGUGUCCCAAAGUGGCCACCAUCCCAACUCAGCCUGGGUACCCGACCGCCUCUGUGAGUUUGGCACCUGAGGCCUACCACUGGCUGAGCAGAGGAUCACUGUCUGGACUACCGACCUGAGGCCCUGGAGGCAGAAGUGACACGGAGCAGCUGUGGUUGGAGAACCCUCAAACCAGCUUCCUAGCCUGCCCGGACUCUACCAGGCUGGGCUUCACCCACUGCCGCCUCCCAAAGGGGCAGAACGGACACCCCUGAGACCUCCCUCUGUUGCCGGUGUUCCCGGGAGGGUAGGACGUUUGGCUGCCGCCGCCCAGCCUGAUCUCCGCCAAGGAGGGGACGGUCGCGGAGGGGAGGAGGACCGUGGCCGUCGGGGAAGAGAGCCCCCCCCAGGCCCCCGGACUUUCCCCUCUGAGCAGCUGCAGAGUGGAUGGGAGGAGCCCACCCCCUGCCCUGCGCGGGGCCGGGGCUGCCUUGAGGGUCCUCGGCGAAACCGCGGCCAUGUAGGCCGAGCCCCGGGCACCUUGGAAUCCAAGCUGCGCAGGGGAGGCGGCCUCUGCCCACCUGUCGGAGCCAGUGACCAACAUGCUUCGUGGAUGCGUGGGUCUCCUCUAUGUUGGGAUUUUCCUGGGCGCCGUACUGGGGAGCAAGGAUACAGAGGAGCCGUCAAGAGAUGAGUGCCUCAUCACAGGGAUUCUGCGGAAGAAGCUACAGUACGAGAACCGCCUCCUCUACACGAAACGCUAUUUUCCUAUCGACUACAGGAUUGGCGUGCCCUAUGGAAUGGUGCUACGGCUGGCCAACGUCACCCGCCUGCAGAAGGCAGAGGUGGCCGUGUCAACCCAGCGGCUUCUGUGGGCGUCUGUGAGUUUGGACGCCCUGUCCGCCAUCCAGGAAGUGCUAAUGGAGGAACACCCAUCCUGGAACUACAUCAGUGAGAUCAUCUUACUUCUGAGCACGGUCAAGCAAAAUGUAGUGCGGAACCCGAUGGAUACAGCAACCCACUCUCUGGCUUCCUCCCGGGUCCCGGACAGUGGCCGGAAGCCGGUGCGGCCCAAAGCCCUGCUGGAUAACUGCUUCCGAGUCAUGGAGCUGCUGUACUGGUCGUGUUGUAAGCAGAACUCCACCAGAGAUUGGGACGUGUGUGGCCGCCGCGCCCCAGAGACUGGUCCGAUCGCGGUAUAACUGCCCCGCUCCACCUGUACCCGUGCCGUCGCCGUGCCCAAGCCCCUGCCUGCCACAGCGUUCCCCCUGGCCACCCGCCCUGGCGAUAGACAGAGAGACAGGAGGGCCGAGGACCAGUCCCCAUCACCCGCUCCUCCCCACAGUGCAGAGCCUGGGCCUCCGGGGAAGGUGAAAGGAGUGAAGGGGUACGCGCUCCUCAGAACGUGUGAGUCCUGCAGACCCCCGGGCCCGGCCACACGGCCUCCUCCGGCCCUCCAUCCCCUGGCACAGAGAGCCCCCUGGCACUGAGAGCCUGGGCAGGAAGGCCCCGUCACCCCAAUUCCUGUCCUGGAGAAGGCCGGCAGUGAGAAACACCGUGAGGAUGGAGAUACGUUUAACGGCGUGACAACUUGGCAGGGAGUCCAUGCCAACCAGAGCCUUAGCACCCAGGAUGCCCUUCCCCAUUCUUUUGCCCAAAGGGUGGCCUUUCCCAGCCUCGUUGCCAGUGGAGGACGGUGGUUGGGGUUAGACCUGGAUCUGGCCCUGGGAUCGUCGUCGGGGUAGGGGAAAAAGCAGGAGUGCGGAAAGGCCCUUGGAGUACCAUAGCGCUGGUUUUAGGGGAGCCUGGGUACUUCAGCUGUUGCUCACCCAGACAGCUGAGGCGCAAGGAACCUAGGCCCAAGGGAAGGAGGCAGACCUGGCUCAGUGGGAAGAAGUCAGCCAUGGGCAGUUCGUGCCCCGAGUGAAGGCGAACGGGGAAGCCUGAGGGGCGGGCGCGGGACCUCGGUUUCCGUGAAGGCACGGGAACCGAAAGCUGGGUGGAUAGAAGAGGAUCUGGGGAAAGCCCCUCGGGUCCAACAGGGUCAGGGCCCGGGGCUUGGUAGCUUUAUUAGGAAACCGAGCUACAGCUGGGAGAGCCACUGGUGGGAGCUGCCGGGUGAGCGGCGCCUCUCCUAGCGGGGCCGGGCCCAGGUCGAAGGGUUACCCGCGGGACUCGGGCCCUGAAGAAUUCUCAGGCACACUGCACCACACUCAAUAGUACUUACUAUAGACACUUACGACGGGCCGGGCACUGUACUGAGUGCUGGGGUAGAUUCAAGAUAAUCAGAUCAGGCCUAGCUUCUGUCCCAAAUGGCGCUCGAAGUCCAAGGGGAGGGAGAGCAGUUUUUUAACCCCCUUUUUACAGAGGAAGAAACCGAGGCCAAGAAAUGAGCAUGUCCAAGCUCACUCAGUAGGUAAUGGCAGAGCUGGAAGCCAAGUCUCCUGCCUCCCAGUUGUGUGCUCUUUCCACCAGGUAAUGCAGCUGCCUGCCUCGUCCGGGCACGUUCUGCGGGUGGUGGUGGCCCGUGGUCUGUUGACCGGGCAGGGAGCUCGCUUGCCAAGGGGAGGCCCAGGGUAGUCUCGGGGCCCAUAUCCGAGCUUAUCUCGGACCUCUAGCCUUACCCUACGUGUCGCUGAGGGAACCGGGCCCUCGGCGGCAACUACUGGGCUCAGAGGGGUCUGGAUGUGUCAGAACCUAAGAUCGAAACAAAGGAAGGGUUGGCGGAUGAGGCUGGAAGCUGUGUUUCCCCUCCCUCCCCUCUCCCUGCCCCCUCCAGUCAGCCUCCCACCCACUCACCCACGACAGCCCACUGCAAUCUCUUCCACCGGCUCGGCCUGCGUCCCUCCGGGUGGAUGCUAGAUCCGGGGGAGGCCGAGAAGUCGCGAGGGCUUUUGGACCAGCCCCCUUGACCGGCCGGUCGGAGCAGAGUGGGGCAGGAUGGUGUCAGCCCAGACUGGGGGGGGGUGGGUCUGGGUAGCCAGGCUCCCCCUCCCCCAGAGACUUGGAGCCAGCAUGGGUGAAGGGGAAGGUUAAAGCGUCAUUCUUCUUGCCCUGCUGUUGCUCAUUUGUUUCAUUUAUUUUUCUAUUAAAUAGUUUGUUUUCCUUC